ACCGCUCUUCCAGAUAGCUAAGUAAGACUCUAUAUUAAAGAAAUGAAUGCUUCUUCUAAUGUCAUACUGUCUACUGAUCCUAACGAAUCAUACAAGGAUUUCACCUCACGUCCCAUAGUGCGAAUUCAAAAAAGAAGAAAUAUUUUCGCGCCUACAUUUGGGCAAGUUCUAAUUAAUCCCUCAACAACUAAUAUGAGUACUUUGAAUCAAGACAAUACUCGUCUUUGUCUUGAGACUCCUCCACCAGAACCUAUCAGACCUAAUUGUGAUUUUACUCCAAAGCCUAUUGUACGGCCUCGAUCGAGAAAUGAGUAUACUCCACCCACGCCUGGGCAAUAUUAACUUUUAUAAUUUUUUUUUUUAAACAUAUACAUAUAGUAGUAUUUUUUGUUCGUCUUUUUUUUUUAUUAUUUGUUCUUAUACUUAAAAAACAAUCAUGGACCUAUAUAUAUUACAUUAUUUUGUAUAUGACAGUAUUUACAUACAAUAACUAGU